AUGCUACAUAUACUAUAGAGAGCUUUACCCAUUGAGUAAGAAUAUAAAUUUUAAUCGUACUUAGAACAAAGAAUUGAAUAUUAUCAACAGCAUAAAAAAGAGAUGGAUGAGGAAAAUAUGUAUAUUAUUAUUGAACCAGCUUAAACUAAGACCUUUGAUAAAAUGAACUCUCUAUCUCAAUGA